AAAAUUCAGAGCAGGAGCUAUGCUGAGGUGGUGAGAGGGCAACAAGUGAAAAGACUGAAUGAGGAAGGAAAAACCCAGCUUAAAGAAAACCAAACUGAAGGUCACAGGCAGAGCAGAAGUAGAUCCAGAGUUGAAAAAUAGAGCAACAAUGGCAGACAAGUAUGGCAGGAAAAAGGAAAAAGCGACAGAAGAGAUAGAGCAGGAAAAAGAAAGAACAGAUGAGGAAGAGAAAGAAGAUGAUGAUGUGGCAUACAGUAAAAAAAAGAUUAAUGAAAAGGGCUGGUUGCAUGCUGAUCAACGGGAAGAGGUGACAAUUGAAGCAGUGGCGGACAGCUUGGAUCAGAGACAAGUGGGAGACCAAUUUUGGAGGGGUCUCAAACAUGCAGAGGAAUACAGCCAAGAAGGGAACUGGUACCGGGAAGAAGCUAAUGGCGAAGAAGAACAGAGGAGAGAAGGAGGCUUGGUUCGGUCGGCCCUUGAAAGUGACGAAGCGCAAAGACAAGAGGGAGACCAUUUUUGGAGGGGUCUCGAGCAUGUAGAGGAAUACAGCCAGGAAGGGGACUGGUACCGGGAAGAAGCUAACGGCAAAGAAGAACAGAGGCAAGAAAGAGAUCUGACUUACAAAGGUUCUAUUGGGGAGAGAAAGAAAAGAUUAAAUGGUCAUAGGAGAAAAAUCAGGAAAUCAAUGGGGGAGAAGCUAAUACCGGAGUUUUUAAGGAGCCCAGAAGGUGAAGUAGCGGAUAUCUCCAUUGGUGAUAACGGAAUUCAAAACUGCAACAAGAUGAUGAAAAAACAACUUCAAAAUCAGUUAGCUAAAGAAAUAUGGCAGUUAGCUAAACACCUAGGGGCGAUAGUAGAUAACGAUGAUGUGAUUUUGCAAAAAAUUGAAGAAAUGGAAUGUAAAGACAGACAAGCAAAGGAAGAGAAGAUGAACUGGGAAGUAGAUAAUGCACAGAAGGCGUGGAAUUCCACAGCACCCAAUGGCUGGAAGGGUUUCAGGUUAAAGGAGAAAUUGAAAAAAACCAAAAAUGCCUUGAAGGAAUGGAGCGGUAACUACAUGGUUGAUACCGUUUGUAGAAUAAAGGAAGCAGAAAUGGUAAUAGCUAUAAUAGAUGAGAAAGGGGAAAAUGGCACACUCACAACAAAAGACAUUAGGAAAGGAGGUAGGCAACUGAUGGAUAGCGUUGUGAUUGCCAAUGAGGUGAUUGAUGAGGCGAAGAGGAAGAAUAUAAAGAGCUUUUUGUUCAAAGUCGACUUUGAAAAAGCUUACAAUAAAGUCAGCUGGGAUUUCAUUGAUUACAUGUUAUACAGGAUGGGCCCAACAAGACAAUUCCAGGUCAGCAAAGGAAUAAGACAAGGUGACCCAUUAUCCCCUUUCUUAUUCCUAGUAGUGGCGGAGGGACUAAAUGGUUUAGUGCAGUUUGCAGUGGAGAAGGAGCUGUAUAAAGGAGUGAAGAUAGGCAACGGUAGUGUGAUGGUUUCUCACCUUCAAUAUGCUGACGAUAUAAUAUUUUCUGGCGAGGCAACAGAAGAAAAUAUACUUGCAAUCAAAUGCAUCAUGAGGACUUUCGAACUAGUCUCGGGGUUGAAAAUUAAGUAUGGAAAAAGUCAAUUAAUGGGUGUUUGGAUUGAGGACAGUUGGAAGAAGAAGAUGGCUUACAGGCUAUGCUGUAAAGAGGGGGAACUUCCUUUCAAGUACUUAGGAAUUCCAAUCGGAAGAAUCAUAGAAACCUAGCAAUGUGGCAACCGCUGGUGGAUACUUUUAAAAAGAAACUUGCAAGCUCUAGAAAGGUAGACACUUACCUUUCAGAGGUCGGAUCACGCUCAUAAACUCUGUGUUAUCCAGUCUACCUGUGUUCAUAAUGUCAGCCUACCAAAUACCUAAAGGUAUACUCUAUUCUCUUGAUAAAAUUCGUAGAUGUUU